GCAGCCCUGUCACGCCCACAGCGCCCCCUCUCGGCCCGGACGGCCCACCACGCCCCGGCGCCUAUGAAGGGCUACCAUGUCAGCCGCAGCAUGUCUCAGCACUCCUCUGGUGGUGGCGGAGGAGGGCCCUGCCACUGCAUGCCUGAGGACUGUGAUGCUGGCCCGGGACGAGACUAUUACCAGGGUCACAACGAUGGCCACUAUUACCCUCCUGGAGGUCCGUCGGAAUCUCUGGCCUUGGAGAGGCACCACUCUCACUCUCAUUCUCACUCUCACAGCCACUCCGGAGGGGGAACCUUCCCCCGCUCCCACCCCAGCCAGCACCCACCCCUGCAAUCAUACGACUCUUGUGAGGAGUGCCUGUCUUCGGGCCAUGGAGGUAAGAUGCACCGCAUUCCCCCCAACCUGAUGGACCAGUUUGAGAAACAGGUGCCCUUCCACCCCGAUGGCUUCCACACACUGCAGUACCAGCGCACCGCCAGCGGGAGCGCUGAGCAGCGCAGCGAGAGCCCCUCCCGCAUCCGACACCUGGUCCACUCGGUGCAGCGUCUCUUUGCCAAAUCCCACUCUCUGGAGGCACCAUCGAAACGGGAGUACAACGGCACGAGAGGAGGUGGGGAGUACCGCGGCGAGAGAGGAGGAGGCCACCGGAGUGGAGGGGAGGAUGGCGGGGGCCACUACUCGGGCCACCAGUCUCGCUCCACCAAGAGAAGCAAGUCCCGCGAGCGCAGCAAGAGUGGAGACUCACGCCACGAGUCGGGAAGACGCCACCGCAGCAGGACGGCGGGCUGGUGGAGUUCGGACGACAACCUGGACAGUGACAGCAGCUUCUUGGUGGGCAGUGGCAGGCGAGGGUAUCCCAGCGGGCAUGAGAGCCUGGACGCCGCCAUCCAGGAGCUCACCAUGAAGAAGCCCAAAGAGCGAGGCGGCGGGCCGGGGCCUGGGGAGUGCAUGGCCUGUGCCACCAUGGCUCUGGCCGGGGGUGAAGGAGGAGGGCACCACGGACACCAUGGCCACUCCCUGAAGAGAAGUACCUGGUCGGCCAUGACAGUUAGUCAGGCCAGAGAGGUGUACCCCUCCAGUAGGGGAGGAGGCUACGACAAAGCCUUGGUGCCGAUGGAGAGCAAGCUGAAGGAGAGGACCUUCCACUACCUGCAGGUUCCUUCCGACGAGUGGGGAGGCGGGUACCCCGGCGGCGGUGGCGUGUCGGACAGUGGAGGGGAGAUCCCAUGCCGCCGCAUGAGAAGCGGCAGCUACAUCAAGGCCAUGGGUGAUGACGACAGUGCUGACUCAGAUGCGAGCCCCAAAGCCUCACCCAAGACCAGCCUGAUCGCCCAGCGAGAAGCCUUCAGACGCUCCGUCAGCAUGGAUCAAAGGUAUUCGUGUAAGCAGUGUACAGACUCCUACCCCAACAGCCGAACCGCACCCAAAAGCCACACCCGCUCUCGCAGCUACACCCGCUCUCUGACCAGCUCACAGCUGGGUGACUCUCUGAACCGUCAGUUCGAGGCGGUGUGUGAAACCAUGUUUGGGGAGGUGGAGUCUCAGGCUGUUGAGGCUCUGGAUCUGCCGGGGGUCUUCCGCACCCGCAGCCACAGCUACGUUCGGGCCAUCCAGGCCGGCUGCUCCCAGGACGACGACGCCCUCUCUGUCUUCUCCAUGUCGGGCCCCCAGGGAAGCAUCAAGGGCGGAGCCGUCUUUCCCUAUCGUAAAGGUGCUCCUCCUCCGCUCCCACCUCGCAUGUCCAAGUCCUCACUCUCAGUGCGGGCCCAAAGCAGCACAGAGUCCACCCAGGAUGCCUACUUCCAGAGCACCGGACCAUCAGCAUCAGGCCCUGGCACCGGCCGCUCCAAGCAGCACAGCAACUCCAUGGACUUGGGCAGCUCCGAUGGGCCCUCGGGUCGCUCUUCCAGGGGAGGCUACUACACCGGCACGGGCCCAGGACGGUCCCGACAACACAGCAACUCGGUAGAGAGCCUGGACGGGGUCAGGGGUUCACGGGAGCUGGUGCCCUAUGGAGGGGGUCCAGGGGUUGGAGUGAGAGCCAAACACAGCAGCUCAGCUGACAGUCUGCUGGAGGGACCCCCGAGGCCGGCCAGGGAGAGGGACGGCAGGGCCGGGGGUAGCCUGGGGAAGUCGGUAUCCCUGCCCCAGAAUAGCUUGGUGCUGAGUAAAGCUGGAGGAGUAGGAGGGCAGGAUGAAGCACGUGGUGGGAGAAAGUGGAGGCCGUCCAUAGCUGUGCAGGUGGACAGCUCAGAGACCCUGUCGGACUCAGACGCAGAGGGCAAGGCUCUUAGGGAGGUCCACUCUAUAGGGGUCCAAGUGGAAGAUGAUAAAAGGCGGGCUCGUUUCAAGCGCUCCAACAGCGUGACGGCAAGCGUGCAGGCCGACCUGGACCCCGAGGGCUUCCCAGGACUUAGCAUCUCAGUGCCGACGCAGGACAAGAGUCUUCAGUUCGGCUGCUCCUUCCAAAGGCACUCAUCAGAGCCUGAGUCUGCUGGCCAGUACACAGAGUACCACCGCACGGUCCACACACAGGGACAGUGGGCCUAUAGAGAGGACUAUAUCCAGAGUGGCUACUCCACUGAGCCCUGCCCAGCAGACCCACGGCCCCAUCAGCACCCACACUUGCCCCCACGUGCCCACUCCCCGCUGCCCCUCACUUCUGAGCGAGGAUGGGCAGGGACGCCGUCCUUGGAGGGCCCCCGAAGCCUGCCUGACUCAGGCCGAGCCUCGCCUUGUAUGAGGGAUGGAGAGUUCUUCUUACGCCUCUUGCAGACAGAGGUGGAGAGGAUGGAGGGAUGGUGCCAGACAAUGGAGAGGGAGGCAGAGGAGAACGAACUGCCGGAGGAGGUUCUUGAGCUGAUUCGUAAUGCAGUUGGCAGUGCACAGAUGCUCAUGUCUCAAAAAGUCCAGCAGUUCUUCCGCCUCUGCCAACAAAGUGUGGACCCGUCAGCGUACCCUCAGCCCAGUUCUCAGGACCUGGCAGGCUUUUGGGACCUGCUCCAGCUCAACAUAGAGGACGUCAGGGUCAAGUUCCAGGACCUCCAGAGGAUCAAGGACUCUGGCUGGAGGCUCCCGCCUGAAAAGAAGGAGGAUAAGAAGCUUCCUCCUCCUUUACCAAAGAAGCCAGCGGGUGGGGUGAGCGGCACUCUGCGGACCGAUAGCGUCGGGGAUGGGGUGGGAGGAGGUGGAGGUGGAGGUGGAGGAGGUGGGUCGGGAGGCCUGGCGGUGCCUCGUGCAGGCGGGCGCACCCUACCAAUCAGGGAGAAGUCCCUGGACCUUGGGGACCGUCAGAGGACAGAGGCGCGGAGGAGGCUGCUGCAGACCAAGCGAACUGCCUCCUUCAGACAGAACUCAGCCACAGAGAGUGCCGACAGCAUCGAGAUCUACAUCCCCGAAGCCCAGACUCGACUCUAAACAUGCGACACACACACACACACACAGAGGUGUUACAGCCUCUUAUCACACAGAGUUUAAUCCCCACACACACAUACUCCCAGCUGACACGUAAACCUAUCUCACUCGUUCUCCAAGCCCUGUUUUGGAUCUGCGGAUCUUCUACCCCGCCGUCAGCAUCGCCACAUCACUUCACUCACAACAAUUGCAAACUCACAGUUCUGUUGCUCACUGUUGGAUGAGACAAAACAAGCAAUGACGGCCAUUUUGUGUCUUGACACUACGAAUCACCCAUUUUGCUGACAGAAAUGCCUAGACCUGAAAUGGUAGCUGGCAUAUUUCAACUGCAGACUUUUCAGUCUGUCUGGGAAUUUCUUCUUUUUUAAAUUUUGGCUAAAAAUAAACAUGAAACAGUUCACUUUUUGAUACAGUAGUCAGUUGAGGGUCACGCAGUAGUAGCAUGCCUGUGCGUGUUCACCUAGCACUUCUCCCUCACUGAAAAAAAGGGCUUAACCGGCACAAAACCUCUGUAAGAGAAGUGGAGAGGAGAGGAGAGGACAGCAUCUCUCUGUAUGGAUGCCCAUUGCCAUCCUCUAAAUGCUUUCUACAGCCGAACCUAUUCUGUACUCUAUUUGUAGGUUUUCUGAAUCACCACAAGAUCUAUCCAUAUGCUUCACUGAUAACAUCAGUAUGCGUGGAUGAACUCAGAGAAUAUCUCACCAUCAGUUUGAAUACAGUGCCCUUAAAGUUAGAUGGCUGGCAGUCCCCAAAGAACGUUCUCCAAGCAUAGUCAGCCAACUACAGAUGGCACCUUUCACCAAGACCCAGGCAGUCAGUCAAGGGAUAUGGAAUAGUUUUCUCUCCCUCUGUCUCCUUCUUUCUUUCAGCGCUCACUCCUCGUGUCCCCUGUAUCCAUCCGCUACCCUCAGCAUUCUGCAGUAAGGCUGUUUGAGUGUGCAAGUGCUAUUUGUACAUAGUGUACAUGCUCAUGUCUGCCAGAAGGAGCUUUGCAGUGUAGCAUCACAGCCUUGACAGCCACAAGAGCAUCAAAGCCAGAGCUGUUUGCUUUUUAUAUAUUCUUUCUGAAGUUGCAGUGUUCAGGGGCGGGGUUGCAGGGAAUUUUUAGUAUAUACAUUUUGGUGGCUUUUCAAGACUUUACAGAGGACGGCCCCAUUUCACUGUGAGACUAUAGCACCUCCAUGUGGCCAAAUAAGGACACAUACCAACAACAUUGGCCUUUAGAGAGUCUUUCCACCCCAGUCAGGAACUAACAGUUUUCCUGAUGAAAUAGCCAUGAAAAGAUAUCAGUUUCUUACUUAGAUUAUUCUUUCUUCCCUCGGACACACAUAUUUUGCCUUCUCUUCUCAAGUAUGUUGCUUGAUUUGGUGGACUAUUCCAAGGUAUUUUUGGCAUCGUGGAGCAGAUCAGCCAGUGGAUCACAAAGUAAAUGGGGAGAGAGCUGCCAAAGUCUUAGGGACAAUCCACUUGCCUAACAAGAGCUCCACUCGAAUCCAUCAGUCACUCCAGAGGUGCACAGUACAAUCCUCUCAAUUUCACACACCACCGAUGAAAGAAGGGAUGAUCCCUCACCGAGGCGAAAGAAAACAAAGGGUUGUACUUUGUUAUGCCACUCUGUGUCCCUCUCCCUUUCUCUCUCUCACAAAUCUUGUCAAGAGGAGCCAAGACACUCAAAUUCAAUCUAGCUCCUUCCAAACCCCUUCCAAAGAGUUGGGAACUAGAGGAAAACCUCAGCCGUGAAAUUUCCCAUCUUGAAGUGAGACAAGCCGGUGGCGUACGGGAAUCGUGCCAAGAUCAAGAUACACUCGCAGUAAUUAGCGAUAUUUUAUGAGCUUGUUGCUCCAGAAAGGACUUAGAUGCUCCCUUGCCCUUGUCUCAAUUUUACUUCCUGAGAUCAUACUGUAUGGUGUUUCCUCUGAACAAAGUGUAGCAUGAUUUUAAAAGUGUUGAGAGGGUCCCUCUUGCGUUUGCAGAUUUGUGUCAAAAAUAUAUAUUAUUUCUAAUUUUAGCCUUUUGUAUGGAUGUUGCGUACAGGCUUUUGUGUGAGUGUGCCAUUGUGAAUUCACUGGCAUUAGCGAAUAUGAAGGGCUGUUUGUUAGAGGGGACAUGAGUUUGUGAUGAAGCCCAAUGAAUACUAAAAGUUAAAUUCAACCAUUUUGAAGAAAAAAAAAAAGACAAAAGACAAGAAUCUUUUAGCAUGACCUUUUUUUUUUCUUUUCUAAUAUUUGAGAUGGAAUGUGUUGAAAAAUGGGAUAUUUUACUGGGAGAUGUAUAUUUUAUAAUAUAACCUACUCUAUUUCUAGAUUAGUAGAGACUAUUGAGAACAGUAUAUGUACAAAAUACAUAUAUCAAAUGUGAAAUACUACAGUAUUAUUAUGAUAGAUUAUAGCAUCGUGUGAUACUACAGCUAUGUGGCAUAUCCAGACUCAGUACAUGUGAAAAGAAUUUCAAAUGAUUAUUAUUAUCUUCAGUGUGUGAGAGCUGGGUCAGGUUCACAGGGUAUAACUGGCAAGAGUGUAAUUUGCCAAAUAUGAUCCUCCUUAGGCCUACCAUAUAUCCUCUCUGUUUGUGGUUCUAAAAAAAAAAUUAUAUAUAUACAUAUAUAUACUGCUGUAUCCCCUCCUUUCCCCUUUUCCCUCUUCCUCCUUCUCUCGGUCUCCUCUUUAGAACCAACUACAUGUGCCUAACCAGCUAUGUGUGGAGGUUUUCUUUGAACACAAUUUAUAUAGAUAUAGAGAUAUGUACAUAGAAAAAAGUAUAAAAUCUGCAGAGAAUAUUGUUAAAGAAAAAUUUUUAUUGUAUUGACAUGCCAUCCUGUCUUUAGCUCACUCACACACUUACACUGGCUGAAUUUGUUGAUAAAAUACUGCAUGGUUUAUGACAACCUCCUUUAAAGGAUUCAUUUAAUUGGAAUCUCGUUUCUGACCAGCAAUUGACAAGAAAGCAAAUUUUGUAGCCUGUAAACAUUUGCUUUUUGGGGUGUAUUUCGUGAUUUGAGAAAUGACAUUUGACAAGAUUAGUAAUUUCUUUGUACAAAAAUUAUAUCCUUGUGGGAAAAAUGAUACUGGCAACUUUGAAACAGUAAUCAGUGUUUUGUUUAGGUCUUUCAUGGAAUUGACGGAUUGAUUUAACAAUCUCCAACUAAAACAGGCUGGCCUGGACAUCAAAAGUGGCUUUGAAUCAGACGUCAUGUUCAAUUCAUUUGCAGCCACCUGCUCAUAUAGGGGGCAGAGUAGCCUUUUAACCCUCAUUCUUUUCCUCUAUUGCCCUGAACAUCAUCCGGAGAAGAGGCAUUUACAGCAUCUCAGUGGUGUUUGACACAACCUUCAUCAAACAAAGCACAAAGAUCUGCUUUUAUACUGUUACUCCACUGUGAAGGACUCUUGACGCCGCCCUCACAAUCCUCACCCAUGCACACCUUACUGUGGAGGGAUGCCAAGGUCUUUCCAUAGUGAGGCCUCGUUCGGAUAUUUAUCCACAGUAGCAUGAACUACUACUACUCAAAUUCUUAGUGACUUUCUAUCACAAGAUUAAUAGAUGAGUUGAGGUGUUAGCCAACCAUCUUGCCUUGAAAUAGGUCCAUUAUAAACACUUAUGCUUUUGGGUGUGAUUUCCAUAUGUUGGGUUCUGUAUUUUACCUGUCCAUGUCUCCUAUACCUGCACAGUAUAAUUACAGGGGCCUCAGAAACAUUCAGUAACAAUAGCACCUGGGUGUAGUGUACAAGUAUCAUCCCAGCGCUCACCAACACAUAAGACAGACCACUACAUGAACCCUUUCACCUCUUUCUAAAAGUGCAAAAACCACGCGCGGACAGUCAGAUGGACAAGUCAACUACGAGUACCUCAGUUUCUAGCAGCAGUGUCUCCAACCCUGACCCAGGCCUCUGUCCUCAGGGGAUUCUUUAACACCACACAACCACGGACCCUGGAAAUAUUGGACGAGAUCAGUCCUGCUGGAGUGAUGUCCAUUCUCUCUGAAUGAACGGGGGCAACACUUGAGGAGAACCCAGUAUCACUAGUAGCCAUUUUCUGAGACUUCAGAGCACUAGAGUCGCAAGCAAGCAGUGGUCGAGGUGAGAGCUCAAUUGUAGCCGAUGUGUGUGCUGUAUGCUGAACGUCUGCAACGAAAUAAAGUGGGGGGACGUUGUAGCAGCAGAUUCUAGUUGGAGCUAUACAAACAUUUCUGUAAGGUGGAGCUCGUCCAGAGGCAGAAACUGUCUUAUUGUUUGAGUUAAACCUCAAUGUGCAAAGCCAAAGAACCAUUUUUUUUUUCCUGACUAAGUGACAUCGGGCUGCAGCCCAGCAAGAAAAGCAAGAGGUAGAGUAGCUAAUAUUAUAAAACCAAAUGCUGUUGCUGCUAUCUGCAAACAUGGAAUCUAGUCAAACUAAGAUAUUAGAGGAAUACACCAUUGUUUGGGG